CUCCUUCAAACAUAAUUCUCUCAAGUCUCUCUCUCUCCAAAGAUUUCUCCCUCUCGAGCUAAGAGAUCCAUUUGUCAGACUCUCUCUUCCAUCAUCCUCCAUGGCUGAAACUGACAAUGACGUUGUUCUUCCACGUUUUUUCAAGGUUUUCCUCUCAGAAACUGCCUCUGAAUCAAUGUCGAUCCCAGUGUCCUUCAGUGAACAUCUUGAAGAUCCAUUGCCUCAGACAGUGAAGCUCCAAGGCACUGGAGGAGGAAUUUGGACAGUGAGCUUCAAGAAAAUACGACAGCGUGCGUAUUUCACAGCUGGAUGGUCCAAGUUUGCAGAGGACCAUGAUCUCAAGAACGGAGAGUUCUUGACGUUUGUCUAUGACGGCUACAACACGUUUGAAGUCAGUGUCUACAAUCGCUGGGGUUCCAAAGAGACAAGAGCUGUGAAGGAGACUGUCGAGAUUUCUGACACUGAAUCUGAAGAAGAAGAAGAAGCUGUCGCUGAUUCUGAUUAUGAAGAAGAAGAAGAAGAUCCUUUAGUAGAUGGUGGUGAAGACACAGAAUCUGAUGAUGCAGGGAUCUCACAAUCCGAGGUUACGAGUAUGAGUAUGACGAAUCCCUACUUUACUACCGGCCUCAAGAACAGGAUUUAUGAGCUGUUGAUUCCAGCAGAAGUGGUGAAAGACAUGGGGUUUAGGUUUGGUGAAAGCAUCAAGUAUGUUGAUGAAGAAGGCACCAUGGUAGGGGAAAGAGGGAAAUGGGCUGAUGAUAGGAUUUGUUUCAAAGGAUGGGACAGGAUUUGUAGAAGAAACAGGCUUAGAGUGCAAGAUAAGGUCAACUGCGAGAUGCUUCAUCACAGGAAGCUGGUUCAUUCCAUCAAGAUCCACAUCACACGUGGAUGAGUCUCUCAUCAUAACCUUCACCAUCAUCAUGAGUACUUUUAUGGUUUAAUAUGGCUUUUGUUUGUUUCGAGAAUGUUGUAUUUUCAUCUCUG